GUGAAACUACUUUUUUUGGGGAAGCAAAAUACUGAAGCUCUUGGACUGAACGGACGCAAAUUUCAUCUUCUGGAGGCACAAUGGCAUCGAACAGAAUUGGUCCUGAGCCCAAACCCGGAGAACUGAUUGAGAUUUUCCUUGGUGGUGGUAUUCAGCACUGGGCCGUGUAUGUGGGAGACGGUUACGUGGUCCAUGUGACUGACAUCAACACCGGGCUCUCGGGAAUAAAUUUAGUCUCCUCUGUGUUUGGCCUGAGCACCGAAGCUGUGGUGAAGAAGGAGCUGCUGUCCCAGGUGGCUGUGGGGAAAACGUACCGGGUCAAUAACAAAUAUGACCAGGAGUACCCGCCGCUGCCUCGCAUCGUUGAACGAGCAGAGAAGCUGGUGGGCCGGGUGAUAGCUUACAACCUCCCUGAAAGGAACUGCGAGAACUUUUCCACUCUGCUGCGCUACGGGGUUUCUCUCAGUGAGCAGGUGGAGAAAAAGGCAAAGGUCAUCACUGAGAGCAUGGCUUUAUUCGCAACUGCGGCCGUGGCUGUGAUGGUCACACUCGCGUUCAUUGUGUUCAGAAACUAGCUACAAAGCGGUGGGGACACGUGGGCAGGACGCCCGUGAGGGAGGACCGUCCCCCCUGGGCCCCGAUGCCGGAUCCUGGCUCCCGCCUUCCGCUGCCAAGAAGAGCAAUAAACGGUCGCG